ACUUCGCCAUCUAAGAACGUUGGACUGCAUUUCAUGAUAGACUGAUAGUCCAUACGGGCGCAGACAUCAGGUCAGACAGGAGCAUCCAUCUUUGAGUUACAAAACUUAUAGAGGGGACACAAGAUAGUGACGCACUAGAACGGCGUUAUGUCAGCUCUCAAAGGAUUUCGGAGUUUGAUCCAUUCCGAUGGCUGAACCGUGUCUUGCAGCUUUGGCUUACAGACAAAUUGGAAUGCCAAUGUCCACGUGGAUAUGAUGUAGAGCGCUAUGUGUGAAAGUCACUCCUAGAGAAGUAAGGGGGAAAAAUCAUGUGCUGAGUAGUUGCCCGUCGUCUCCGGCUUAUGUCCUGAACCACGAGGUAAAGCCUCUUAUUCGGAAUGUAAGAAUCAACAGAGGGUCACAGGUUAUAACCUUAGGCUCUUGGUUAGGUACCUACUCUAAUUGCCUAUAUAUACUCGUCUUUCAUCCCUCCAUAACUUCCUCCCCAACUUUACAAGCACACUCAGUUCUUAUACCUACAGAUACGAUCAGCCUUGAGGCAUCUUUCGCUCCUCAUAUCCUCCAAUAUGGCAUCCGUUGACCAGGCUAUCUCUAGACUUAAUGAAAUCAAUACCGAGUCUUUCGAUUCGGAAUCUGAGCGUCUUCGACUCAGUAACGCGAUCCUCUCCACACUUCGGAAAGUCCAGUCGCCCUGGGAUAUUGCAAGUACUCAUGGCUUCGUUAAUCCUACGAUCGCAGCUUCCGUCAAAACAUUGAUUGAUGCCCGUGUCUUCACGAAGUGGGUAGAACAAGGGAGUAAGCCUUUGAGGGUAGACGAAUUCGCGGAGUUGACAGGUGUAGAUGCUGUUCUUUUGAGUCGUCUUCUUAGACACAUUGCCGCCCAGCAUCUCAUUACCUUUGUUGGCGAGGAUACGUAUGCCUCUACGCCCUGGGCUUUGAGCCUGGGGACAGACCCUGCGAUUGCAUCAAUCUAUGGGACAUUCUAUCACGAAUUAAUUGCCCCGUUGGCUCUUUCGCUACCUUCGUACCUUGGAGGAACCGGAUUUAAAAAUCCCAACGACGAGAAAGACGGUAACUUCCAGCGCGUGCAUGGCAAAGGCUCAUCACUCUACGGGUUUGUAGGAGCUUCUCCCCUUCGUAGUAAAGAGUUUGCAGAUGUAAUGAAAUGCCACGCACGAGGCAGCAUUUUACCAUGGACCGAAGUAUACGAUACGUAUCAGAUCGUCAUGGGUGCCAAAAUGGACCGCCCGCUCGUCGUGGACGUCGGUGGUAGCAAAGGUCAUGACCUCGAAAAGUUUCACCAGAAGUAUCCCGAUAUCCCGAAAGGUAGUCUUGUUUUACAGGAUAUACCAGAGGUUGUCGAGGGCUUGACAGUAGACCCAGCCAUUUCCGUGUGCCCACACGACUUCUUCACUCCUCAGCCCGUCAAAGGCGCUCGGGCGUACUAUUUACACAUAGUACUCCAUAAUUGGCCGGACCACAAGGCAGCCGAGAUCUUGAAGAAUAUCGCUGAUGCGAUGGAACCGGGCUAUUCCAAGAUCCUGAUUUACGAGGAUGUUAUUAGCAUGCGGGAACUUUCUAUACAAGUCACCUUUCCGGACAUGACAAUGAUGGCGCUAUGUUCCUCCGCUGAAAGAUUUGAAAAUGACUGGCAUAGGCUGGUCGGUGGUGUCAAAGGACUGAAGAUUGUUAAGUUUUGGCAUAGACCGCACACUAUUGGGGGUAUUGUCGAAGUUGACCGAAUAUGAUUAGUUUGUGAGUUACCCUCAUAAUACUAGGUACCUCUUAUGGAGGGAAGGAGGUGUUUCUUGAUAAGGGGGAGAAGGGGGGACAAUGAUCUUAUUGUGAUUUUGGCAAUUCAGUCAACUUUUUAAACAGCGCAGUCUUAAAUCGUAAAUGCGGCAACGAUCCGGAGAACCUAGUUAGGUAUUCUAUGAAUUAUUACCUCUUGAUUUAACACACCUAUCAGGCAGGUAAUUUUAGGCAAGCAUCGAUACGCCUGCUUCCCUAUUGAUAUCUAAGUAACC